UCCCUUGUUCUUCUUCUUAUUGUGAAAUGUAUGCAUUAUUUGUAGGCAGCCAUGACUUGUGGAAUUUGCAGAAAAAGAUUCGUUGCCAACAAGUUUGCUUUCAUAGAGAAGUUUUCAUAAAGAGUACUCCAGUUUGGACUAGAAGCAGGUAUCCUGCCUCAGUUCCUUGUUUACUGUUUGCAACAAAUGAAGGAGAGUGGUUAGGUCAUACUGUCAAGUUGGAUGUACAAGUUCCUUCUUGGUUGGCUUUCGAUCUGUACUCUGACUUGGAAAAAAUGCCCAGUUGGUCUCCUUGGUUACGUAGUGUUCAAGUAGAUCCUAAGCAACCAGAAAUAGCUACGUGGAACCUGUCAGCACGAGGUUUAAGUGUUAGUUGGCGUUCAAGAAAUACUCGAGUAGAACGUCCUCAUAUCAUUGCCUGGGAAAGUUUGGAAGGUCUUCCUAAUAGAGGUUCGGUUCAAUUCCAAGAAAAAGGCGAUAAUUGUACUCAAGUAGAAUUGACUGUGGAAUAUAAGGUGCCUCGUUUCUUAAAGGUGCUACUUAGUAACUCUUUUGUUGGAAAGUUUGUUGAACGCACGCUGUUGGAAGAUUUGAAAAGAUUCCGAUUAUGUGCACUGAGGGAAUAUGCAACUGAGAAAAGAAGUAUGAAGAAUUAAACAAGUGGACUAUGUGAUGAUGAGA